AUGGCUAGCGUACCUACGGUGAAUGUAGGCGGUCAAACAUUCCCCUUGGUGGUCAGUAAGCAGAACGUAACAACUGGUCGGACCGCCAAGGCUAGUCACAAUCGGCGGAAACAGGAUGCGACAUUUAUGUGUCCUGUUCCCGGCUGUGGAAGUACAUUUACGAGAAGCUUCAAUCUCAAAGGCCACAUACGCUCUCAUAACGAAGAGAAACCAUUUGUCUGUCCAUGGCCCGGAUGUGGUAAAGGCUUUGCACGACAACAUGAUUGCAAGAGACACGAGCAGCUGCAUUCCAACUACCGGCCAUUUUCAUGUGAGCCUUGUGGGAAGAUGUUUGCCAGGAUGGACGCCCUCAACCGGCAUUUGAGGAGCGAAGGAGGAGCAGAGUGUGCCAGACUCCUAGAAGGUCGGGGCGUGGAGGACGGGACGGGGACGACACCACCUCUGACGAACACGAAUGGCGAGGAGACUCUUAAAGUCGAGGCUGAUUGGGAUGGCGGGGCCGGACUUGCUUUAGCUGUAUAG